AUGCGUUCCAUGUCCCCCAAUGUCUGCCCCAAAAUCACUGGCGACAGAGAUAAUGGCAUGGAUGGUAGGAGGCAACGGCCAUGGUGCAGGAUGCACGGCGGCUCCUCGGCACAGUGCUCGGUGAUGGCGGAGAAGCGAAGCAGCUUCAGAAUCACAGAGAAUCCAGCGGGACCCGAAUUGCCCAAAGAACCAAAAGAAGAGAAACACGAAAAAAACACACAUCCAUAUCUCCUACUUCCUCCGUCGGAUGUCGCUCUAAUCUCUGUUCACCUCAAAUUCUUGGUCCUGCAGGUAAGGCAGGAUCGCCGCGGACUUCCCUCUCCAAUCCCGCCUACAUACUGCCCCAUGCAUAUCAAUGCCCUACAAGGAAACCAUGCGGCAUUGGCCGGUAUCUAUGGCGUGCAUCAGCCAAUCAGGUCACAGAUAGUGUUCUUCGGGCCUGCAGGAAACACAUCCACUGGCUGCAAAAAGCACUCACCCUGCAGGACGCCAUCUCAUCGCCUUAUCUCUCUGCUCUACCUACUCAUCGCUGCCCGUCAUCGACGUCUGCUGACCAUCAGUGAUCAUAUAAGACAUCGGUGA